AAAAAAAAAAAAAAAAAAACAUGGCUCCAACUAGCCCAGAACAAAAACACGGUCUGCUGCCUGCCCGUCCUCCGUCCGUCUGCUGACACGCUUCAGUGAAGGUCACAGGAUGGAUGAAGCGGUUCAUCGUCGUGCUCGUUGUUCGUGAAGUUAAUGUGACACAAACUCAUCAUGCGUGAAACGCUGCUGCUGUUAGCCUGACGAGCUACCGCUGCUACAAGUGGUGAGAGUUAUUCCUCAGAGGAACAGGCGGAAGAGGAAAUUAGCUCUGCCUCUUCAUGACUUUGAUUUCCUGUCCUGUGAAUGUCUGAAAGUCGUCCGUGGUGCAGGAGACGGCGAGGUGAACGCAGCAGGACGUUGUGCAACUCUUAACAAGCAUCGAGAGAGAGAGACUCACCAUGGAUUGGCUGAUGCACGCAGUUGAGAAAGACUUGGGGGUUGACCGACGUCAGCAAGGUCCAGGUCCCCGCCCCAGGGAGCUGGUCGCCCUUGUUCCUACGCGCUGGGUGAUGGGCCUGAGAGAGAGGAGGAUCAUGCGCUGUGCCCGCUUUGACGGCAUCAGCGAGGCAGAAAUUCGCACGUACCUUCAGUGCUCCCAGGCAAAGCUGCCUCCUGGCUGGACACGUGUGUGUGUUCAGGGUCUGAGGAAAAGCAAGCUGAGCUACAGACUGGCCAGAGACCCUUGCCAUCAACAAAUGGAGUUCAUGUCGCAGGAUUCUUAUGUCAAAACCAUGCAGUGUGUGUCGCAACAUAAUGUCAGGAAUCUAUGGCACGAAGCUCACAACAAACUUGUGCAGCCAUAUGCAGGACCUAAUGAGCAGAUGCAUGCUGCAGCUGUAGAUGCAGUGCGUCAUGCUUUACAGAAGCUCUUCAACUCCACGUUCAUCUCAUCUGACAAAGUGUCACCCUCACUUUCUCCAGCCAGAGAGAAGGAGAAAGAAAACUACUUGCCAUCCAGUUCAUCUUGCUUUUCCAAGUCCCAGUCAGACCAUCUGUGUCCCAAUGUUCUGCCUGCAGAGUGUCUGCUGGAGACAGCAGAGAUGCUCUAUGUGAUUCUACCUUAUACUCAGUAUUCGCUCCAUGAUAUUGUCUCUUUCAGCCCAGCCAAGCUCGCUAACAGCCAUGCCAAAGUGUUGUUCAUUCUUUACCAGUUACUAAUAGCCCUACAGGCAUGUCAUGCGGCUGGUCUGUCUUGUGGAGAGCUCUCCCUGCAGGACAUAGCAGUAGAUGAGCAGCUCUGUAGCCGUCUCAAACUUAACCUAGCCCAUUAUGAAGACCUGGGGACGGAAGGGGAUGCAGACAGUGAUGCUACUGGCAGACAAGUGCCAAAAAGUGUUCUGCCAAGGGACAACUCAUGUGUGAGCCAAGAGAACAAAAACCUGUGCAAAGACUGCUUUGGUGAGCUCAAGACGUUGGUUCUGGACUGGGUCCAUGGGCGAGUCAGUAACUUCCGCUACUUGAUGGAGCUCAACCGGUUAGCAGGACGGCGAGAAGGAGACCCUAAUUAUCACCCAGUGCUGCCUUGGGUGGUAGAUUUCACUGUGCCAUUCGGAAAGUUCCGCGACCUCAGGAGGUCAAAGUUCAGACUCAAUAAGGGGGAUAAGCAGCUGGACUUCACAUAUGAGAUGACCAAAGAGGCUUUGGCAGCUGCAGUGGGUAAUGGGGUAGGUGGAAGCGGCGUAGGUGGAGACCUCAGCGGUUCUGUAGGUGCUGGCGGUGGUGGACAGCCUGAUCACCUCCAUGUACCUCAUCAUAUAUCUGAUGUGCUCUCAGACAUUACCUACUAUGUCUACAAAGCCCGGCAGACACCCAAGCCGGUGUUGUGCAGCCAUGUUAGAUCCCAGUGGGAGCCUAAUGAAUACCCAGCCAGUAUGGAGCGCAUGCAGAGCUGGACCCCUGAUGAGUGCAUCCCAGAGUUCUACACAGAUCCCUCCAUUUUCCGCUCUAUCCACCCAGACAUGCCAGACCUGGAUGUGCCUUCUUGGUGCAAGUCGUGUGAGGAGUUUAUUGAGGUUCAUCGGCGCCUUCUGGAGAGCAGGGAGGUGUCCCAGCAUUUACAUCACUGGAUAGAUCUCACGUUUGGCUAUAAGCUGUCUGGUAAAGAAGCUGUCAAGGCCAAGAAUGUGUGCCUGCACCUCGUGGACAACCACACCAAUCUGACUACCUAUGGCGUAGUCCAGCUGUUUGACCAGCCCCACCCGCCCCGCUUGUCUCCUUCCCAGUACGCCCCAGCAGAACCUCCUCUCCUCGGCCUUGCUGCUCUCAAUGUGCCUUCUCUACACAUCCCUCAAAUCGACACCAUCGCUGACACCGUGGAUGGAAUGGUGCCCGAGUCCACAGGGUGUGAGUCUAGUGGCUGGACCAUGGUAGACAGAGACGAAGAGCUCGAACAAGGUAUGGAAGCUCUGGACUCAUUGGCGUCCACCGGCUCAUCCAGUUCUGCAUCCUGCUCUGUGCCAAUGCCAAGCAUCAGUACGGCAGGAGGAAAGAUAGGAGGAGAGCACACAGCACUUAUUGUAUCUCAGUCCCCGAGUUCAUUCCCUGGUGAUUUCACAAGCGGCUUAGGCCCUGGUUUACGCAGUGGCAUGCUACAAAGAGGUGGGUCAACAAACAGAAAACACGGAGAGGGCAGUGUGACUGCCAGCAAUGCAGAGGAAAUCAAAAUCAGCCUCCCUGAAGGCUUCAACCCAUUGCAGCCUUUGGAAGAGCUGGAGAAAUUGAACAAUUUCCUGGUCAAGAGUCUGCACGCAGAAGUGUGGCAUCCUGCAGGAUCUAGCGACUGCACAAGAGAGGGCCUGAUAAUUGAAUCUCUACCCUCUCUUACACAGCUGUACCAAAGAGACAUGCAGGCCCUUGGUGUUCUCAUCGCUGAGUUAUUCUACUCCUCUAAACUGAGAGGACUGAAACCAGGCAGCCCUCUUAAACAGCGUUUCCAUGCUGUGAUGAAGCUCUGCUCCGCCAGCCUCCGUGAUGUGCCACUGUCUCUGCAUCAUGCUCUUGAGAUGCUGCUGCUAAUGGAAAAGAACUCUGGGAUAGCACUUGAAGAAGUACCGGAUUGCCCACAUCCACUUCUUUUUAAAUACGACCCAAUCUGCGACGGUCUGCCUCCGCCAAGUCCCUGCCAGUUACUGAACUCUGUCAUCUCCCCCUUUCCUUUCCCUUCCUAUUUUGCGGCACUCCAUCAUUUUAUCUUUUCCUACCACACCAAGAUGGAGACUACGUGUAGUCUUCAAGGAAGAGAUGUUGUCUUUCACCUGUGGCAGCAGCUUGAGAUACUGUUACAGGGUAAGAUCACAGCUGAGGGUCUUGAGAUCCUCUUGCCCUUCAUUCUAACCCUCAUGCUUGAGGAGUCCACUGCUGUCUAUGCUGCUUGGUAUCUUUUCGAACCCAUCUCUAGAGUACUGGGUCCCAGAAAUGCAAACAAGUAUUUACUGAAGCCACUGAUCAACGUUUAUGAAAACCCAAACUGCCUGCGAGGACGUUUCUAUCUCUACACCGACUGUUUCAUUCUGCAGUUGAUGGUGAGACUCGGCCUGCAGGCCUUUUUGUCCAGCCUACUCCCACAUGUGCUGCAGGUCAUCACUGGAUUUGAAAGCCGCAUCUCAGGCUCUGGUGGGGAAGCUUGUAAAGGGAUGAGAGGUGGCACAUGUCAUCUGGAAGAGGAAGAAGACUUUCAGUGUGGUGAGGUGCGACAGUCUUCUGGGUCUGUUAGCGGUAACAUGGGAAGUAGCAGCGGAGCCAGUGGAGGAGUAGGAGUGGUGGGAGACGCAGGGCUGGUGGAUUACUCCUCUGGAAUCAGCCUCAAUGACCAAGUGUUUCUCUCAGAAGCAGAGGACUUUCAGAAUGGUUUCUAUGUCAACAGCGGAGCAGGGGUGGCUGGUGGGAAACAGCCGAGUCAGAACUCUGCAGCCAAGGAUCAAGACCAGGAGUCUCUAAGCGUGGGGAAACUAAGUGACAAAAGCAGCACAAGUGAGCUGUCACUGGGCGAUGGAGACUCUAUGCGAGACCGAGCCAGUCUCAAAUCUGCUGACAGCAGCCAGGACCUGAAACAGGCUAGUGAGGGAGAAGAGGGAGGAGAGCUGGAGGAAGAAGAGGUGACUGAGACUAAUGAGGGGACAGAUGAUUCUGUUCCCAGCUUAGAGCUCACUCUGUCUGGUUGCACGGAAGCUUCAGGAGCCACAGUCGCCACUCUGGAGGGUGAGUUUGUGAAUGGAAUGACACUGGAGGAGACGGAGAAAGGCAACGUGGGAGAGCAGGAGGAGGAGGAUGACCACGAGCCGUCUGAAGACUCUGAGGAGAAAGAACAAAAGAUUCUUCUAGAUACUGUCUGCAAAACAGUUCGAUGGCUGUCCGCAAAGCUUGGACCAACAGUGACGUCUCGAUACGUGGCGAGAAAUUUGCUGCGACUGCUCACAAAUUGUUACAUCGGACCCGAGAAACACCAGUUUGUGGCCCCUGUGUCCGAGGAGAGCAGUCUGGAGAGCGUGGGAAUGGGCAGCGUGUAUGAGAAGAAACCUGUGGUUGGUGACCAGACAGCAGGACCUGUGUUGGACUGUCUCGUCUACAUAGCUCAACUUUAUGGAGAGCCUGUACUCACUUACCAGUACCUGCCUUAUAUAGGAUAUCUGGUUUCUCCACCAUCUUCGCAGCGUCUUAACACACGUAAGGAGGCCAGUCUGCUCGGAGCCGUUGCACUUACACAGAAGAUCAUUGUCUUUCUCUCUGAUACCACACUAAUGGAUAUGCUUAUGAAGAUCAAUCAGGAUGUGCUCCUGCCACUACUGGACCUCCUCACCACCCCUCGUAUGGGGUUCCCCAGCGGGGUGCAGACACGCACUGCUGUCUGUCUCAAGACUCUCAGCCUGAUGGCUCUCAUCUGUCUGCGCAUUGGGAGGGAGAUGGUGCAACAGCAUAUGGCCGACACUCUGCGUCGGUUCUUUGCUGUUUUCUCUCUGCUGCAUUCUCUCCAGCCCCAGCUGGACCAGGCUCCUCGCAGAGUUGUCGGAGAAGUCACAGUCGUAGAUGUCUGCACACCUGAAGAGGUGAAUGUGACAUACGAGUUGGGGAUAUUGGAGGAGCUGCAGACUGUAUUUAACCCUGAGAUGGCCCAUGCGUCCUACAUUCCCUUCUACUGCCUCAUAGGUGACAUGGCCAUUCGGAAACUGGUUCCCAACCACGAGUUGGUCUGGCAGUUGGCUCAGUCCUACCAUCAGAGCUUGAGUCGGGGGAGUCCAGAGACGAACGUCGCAACAGCGUCCAGGGUAGAGCUACCAUCUUCCUCCAUGGUUCUCUCCUCGGGUUUUGCCAGACGCGUGGGUUGCAACCCGUUCCCUGCUCCCUCCUCUAGCUCCACCCCGAUGGGAGACUCCCUCCCUGAGUCCGGCACGUUUGGGAGCCACCUGGUGGGAAACCGUAUCCAAGUGUCCCGGGACAAUGAUUAUGAUGGUAGCCCUAACCUGGGUAACUCCUGGGGACGCUCCAGCCACACCGCCCCCAUCAACACCACUGCCUCCACCUUCACCACUCCAUCUGUUGGCACUGCUUCCUUUUCCUCCUCCUGGGUGACAGGACCCACCUUAGAGGACAGUGCCCUGAAGCAGGACCUCCCUCGCAGUGGCCGCUCCCUGCAGGGCAACUGGCUGGCCUACUGGCAGUAUGAGAUUGGCCUCAAUCAGCAGGAUCCACAUUUUCACUUCCACCAGAUCCGGCUGCAGAGCUUUCUGGGUCACUCAGGCACUACAAAGUGUUUGGCACCACUGGCAGGAGAGGAUUACUUCCUUUCUGGUAGUAAAGACAAGACUGUGAAGCUCUGGCCCCUCUAUAACCACGGUGAUGGAACACAGGAGGUGGAGCCCAGGCUCACCUACAGCGACCAUCGAAAGUCAGUCUUCUAUGUCGGACAGCUGGAGGCUUCACAGGAGGUAGUCAGCUGUGAUGGUACUGUGCACCUAUGGGACCAGUAUGUAGGAAAGCAGAUCCGCUCGUAUGAGGCUGUGGAUGGGAAGAAUCCCAUCACAGCUGUCACCACCAUGCCAGCUCCACACUGCAGUGUUGUGUUUGGCAGCGCGGAUUCUGUCCUCCGCUUCAUCGAUCCUCGCAAACCAAGGCUGCAGCAUGAAUUUCGUCUGGCAUACAACAAUGUGAGUGCUGGGCUCAUCCGCUACCUGGCAGUGAGCCCUUCAGGCCGCACUGUGGCUGCAGGUUUCUCAUCUGGCCUCAUUGUUCUGCUAGACGCACGCACUGGACUUAUUCUAAAGGGCUGGCAAGCUCAUGAGGCAGACAUCCUCCAAAUGAAGGCUGCAGAAGGAAAUCUGGUCAUCAGCUCUUCCAAUGACUACACACUCACUGUGUGGAAAGAUCUGGAACACAAGCCUCUUCGCCAGUACAAGUCACAGUCCGACCCCAUUCACGCCUUUGACCUUUACGGUUCGCAGAUAGUAACCGGCACAGUGGCUAACAAGAUCGGGGUGUACUCCAUGGCAGAUAUCUCUCUGAGCCCUGUUAGCAGCACAAAGCUUAGCUCGGAGAACUUCCGCGGCACUUUGACCAGCCUGGCAGUCCUGCCCACCAAGAGGCUUUUGCUGCUGGGCUCCGAGAACGGGGCCAUCCGGUUACUAGCUUAGGGAAAACCUCUUCCAGCUACACUAAAUACUCUUAGCACUGACCUUGAAAGUGUCUUAUUCGUGAACACCGGCUGUCUGAGCUCUCUGUGGCCCUUCUAAUUUGCUUGAGGUCAAAUGUACUGGCGGGGCAGUUUGUCCGUUCCACUGAUCCGCUUUUUGAAUGAAGCAGCACAAGCGAAGGUGUUAAGUGUAUGAGCUUCACUUCUAACGAGUCUUGCCACUCUGGCUGUUGGCACCAGAUUUGAUGAACAAGUAAUGUGUGCCACACAGUUAACAUUAAUGAUGUACAGUAAAUCCCAUGAUUUUUUAAAAAAGCCUAUAUAGAUGUAUAGAUAGUAUAUAAUGGGAAAUUCUUAUCUCGACAAGGUCAUUUGUUCUUUUGACUAGGUCAGUUAUUCUGUUCAAAAGAAUGAAUCAGAAGACGUGCUCAGGAAGGUGGAACCAAACACGGUUCUUAUGUAGUGUUUACACUUUCCAAAUAGAUGCAUAACAACACCAAAAAUACAUUGACCUCAACUUUUCAUUUCCCUCCAUGUUAGAAUACAUGCGUAUCCAAAUGCACUGAUUAAACUAUGCAGUAUUUGUAGAUCAAAUCAUUUGUUUGUGCUAGCUUCACCCCAUGUUUCAUGAGAGGUUAGAUUGUUUUUACAUCCUAAACAAUAAAAGUACACUCACUGUUUUGUCGACAGUCUCGGUGCAACUUCUUGCAUCAGUUGUCGUCGCGUACAAAAGUCAGUUACUGAUGCACAGCCUUUCUUCUACUGCACAAGUAUGGCCUGAAUUGUAACAUGUAGAUUUGCGCACAUAUUUUAAAAGCUGAAUGUUUUUAUCCACUAAUAAAUUACUUGAAGUUGCUUUGGGAUUUUUAAACCGUUGAUUUAGCACUUGUAGCAACAUUAUUCUUAUUGGAGUGCAUCUGGGCAGAUGCCUCUCUGACUGGGUAUUGGCCAGUUCUUAGACUCACCGCUUUCUAAUUUCUGACCACAAAAUCUAACAUGGGAACAGUCAAUGCCAAGAUAAACAAUUUUGUAUUUUAAUAUGUAUGUUACUGCAUAUGAAUAUGUCGAGAAAAUACCAACACCAGUUGUAAAUGAGUAAUAAAAAGUGGAUUAACUUGCUGCAGUAGCGACUUUUGUUCCUUAAACCCAGCCCAAUAUCCGAUCAAAAUGUUCAAAGUCCAUUAGCAUUCAACAAUCAAAGCUCUCCCCUUUGUAUGAUUUGUAUCACUGUCAUGUUGUAAAACACAGUUUGCCUACUUUUCUAAUUAUUUGCCCAAAGUUCAAAAUGCUCUAACAAGUGUAUUACACUUUUUGAUAUUUUGUGUUUUUUUGUAAACCUGGAGUGAAAGCUCAAUAAUCAUAAAACGACAAACUUUGUUUCAAAAAGACAAUUUGUAGUUGCAUAUUGAUAAUUGGUUACAAUUGUUCCAGUAUCUCUAAACAUUUUAAGAGUCCAUGAAAAUGCUUAUUUAUUAACUGGAUUAAUAAUAAAAAAAAAUGCUUCCAUG